AUGAAGAUUAUUAUUGUAACAACUUGUUUGAUAAUUUUACCAUGUUUAAUUAAAUGUGAAGAUAAAAGUUUUUUAAAAAUUCCGAAUAAUCUAAAAAUUGGCGCAGCAACAUCAGCAUAUCAAAUUGAGGGAGGCUGGAAUACAAGUGAUAAAGGACAAAGUAAUUGGGAUGAUUUUACUCAUUCAAAAAGUCAUUUAAUUCUUGAUGGUAGCAAUGGUGAUAUUGCAUGUGAUUCAUUCAAUAAAUACAAAGAAGAUGUUCAAUUAUUAAAAAAUGUUGGAUUUAAUCAUUAUCGUUUAUCAAUAAAUUGGGCAAGAAUUUUACCAACUGGUUUUGCUAAUAAAAUAAGUAAAGAAGGAAUACAAUAUUACAAAAAUGUUAUUGAUGAAUUACAUUCACAAGGAAUUGAACCAUUUGUAACACUAUUUCAUUGGGAUAUUCCUAAUGUCAUUGCAAAAAUGGGAGGAUGGACCAAUGAAUUGAUAGUUGAUUAUUUUACUGAUUAUGCAAGAGUUGUUUUUAGAGAACUUGGACCUAAGGUUAAAGUUUGGAUAACACUCAAUGAGCCAAAUGUCGAUUGUUCUGAAGCAUAUGAUAAAGAAACUCAUGCUCCAGGUUUGAAUAUGCCUGGUAUUGGUUCAUAUAUGUGUGGACAUAAUAUGUUAAAAGCUCAUGCUCGUGUUUACAGAAUGUAUCAAGAAGAAUUUAAAAAAACCCAAAAUGGAAUACUUGGAAUAUCAAUAAGUUCUUCUUAUUGGUUUUCAAAAAAUAAAAAUGAACCAGAAAGUGGUGAUAUAGCAUUUCAAAAUGGUUGUGGAUGGUUUCUUAAUCCAAUAUUUUCAAAAGAUGGAGAUUAUCCACCAAUAAUGAGAAAAAGAAUUGAUGAAAAUAGUAAACUAGAAGGACAUCCAAAAUCAAGGCUUCCUGUUUUUUCACCUGAAUGGAUUGAAUAUAUCAAAGGAACAUUUGAUUAUUUUGGUGUAAAUCAUUACUCAUCAAGAUACACUGAAAAUGUACCUUAUAAUAAUAUUACUGGAUGGUAUGAUGACACAGGUAUAAUUGAAAGUGUAAAUCAAAGCUGGCCACGUGGUGCUUCAAGUUGGUUAUACGUUGUUCCUGAAGGUAUAGGAGAAUUAUUGAGAAAAAUAAAAAAUGAUUACAAUAAUCCACCAAUAUAUAUUUUAGAAAAUGGUUAUUCUAAUUAUGGUAAUGAAACAAAUAUCAAUGACAUUAAUAGAAUUGAUUAUUUAUAUUCUUACAUGAAGGAAAUGUUAGUGGCAAUUAAUCGUGAUGGUUGUAAUGUCAAAGCAUACACUGUUUGGAGUGUAUUGGACAAUUUCGAAUGGAGUAAAGGAUAUACAGAACGUUUUGGAAUUUAUCAUGUUGAUUUUAAUCAUGAAAAUCGUACAAGAACACCACGAUUAUCAGUUGCUUGGUUGACUGAAGUUAUUCGUUCAAAACAAUUAAUAUCUUUUGAUGAAUUCAAAGCCAAGUUCAUGUAAACAAGUACAUAUCAUCAGGAAAUGUUUUUAUCUUUGGAAUCUGAUUAUCUGAAUUUUAUAUAUCUAAUCUAUGAAAAAUAUUUUGAAUAAAUAAAUAUUAUAAAAAUUUA